GCCGCCGUGCCGCCGCUGGUGCUCCGCUGCAAGGUGGCGCUCCUGGGCGACAGCGGCGCGGGGAAGACCUCGCUGGUGCAGGUGUUCCAGAACGGGGAGAAGAGCUUCCCGAAGCAGUACAACAUGACCAUUGGCAUUGAGCUGAGUGUCAAGCGGGUACCCAUCCCGGACGAGCCAGCCGUCGUGGUCGAGAUGUACAUUGUGGACUGCGGCGGCUUCUCCGUUCCCCAGGAGGACCUCCUCAAGACGCACUGGGAGAGCGCGAACGCCGUGAUGUUUGUCUACGACGUGUCGAACCCAGAGAGCUUCAAGAGCCUGGACAAGUGGUACGAGCAGUUCCGCCAGGCACGCCCUGAGGGUGCUGGCUUCCCUGGCGUCGUGGUGGCCAGCAAGACGGACCUGUCAGAUCGGCCUGGUGCGGUCACCUCGGAUCAGGGCGUGAACUUCAGCAGGGACCACGCUGGGCUUGAGUUCUUCGAGUCCUGCGCCGCGACGGCCUCGGUGGACGAUCCGUUCGUCGCCUUGGCGAAGGGGUUCUACGGCAGGUACAGGAACAGGAAAGAGGAGCCGCCGGCCAUGGACGCGUGGAGGGACGUAGAUG